AUGUGUUUGUCCUAAAUAUGACUUAAUCCUCAGAUAUGAAAACUGUUAUACACCAAUAACAGGUGUAGGAGUCUCUUGGGUUAUUAAUGACACAGGAAAUAGGCGUAACCUCAGAUCCUACAGUUGUUCCUCAUCCUUCAAUUGGAUUAAAAACUAAAUUUACUAAAGUGUCAUUCAAGUAUGGUUGAGACGAGGAGGUCAGUGUCCCAAUCAAGAGAUGUAUUCAUUAUUAUUAUCUUAGUGGUGAAUGUAAUUCACAAAAAAAGUGAAUUGUGAAUAUUUUGUAAUGUUCUUUUCACAUACAAAGUGAUGCAAUUUGAAGACUGGUAUUUAUUAUUUAAAGUAGUUGAUAUCAGUCACAACAAGUCAUAUGGCGAAUAUUUAAAUGAUUUUACGGACACGAUUUUACAAGCAUACAUCUUAUUUUGAAAUGCCUGCACCAGAAGUGGGAUCGCUGUGUGCAACUUGACGCCGGUGAGGGGAGCAGCCGGACAACCACGCAGCAGGAGUUUUAUUGAUCUGCAGUAUAGAUGUGAUGCCUUGUUGAGUGUGGUAGGUUUAAAACCAGUUUGAACCUUCGGGGGACCAGGAUGGAGGUAUCAAGGAGAAGAGUUUUCCAAAAGCAUCUGGAACCUGCGAGACCCCUGCGUCGCUGCUACACCAUCGACAUCGAGCCCAACAGAAAUGCUGCUACAUGUGCUCAGGCGCUGAUGGAGGAAGUGGAUCCACCGAAAAACAUAGGCAUAGAGCAGUUCCUCCAGAUAGUCAACCUCCAAAAACCGAAACAAGGCAGAAUAUCUUACACAAGAGACUUUUUAAUUGCGCUGGCGAGUUCUCCUCAUUCCAGGGAGAAACCAGAGUUCUUGCCAGAGCACCCCAUAGUCUUAACUGAGGCAAGAGAGCUCGGCAACCUGAGGCUUCAUGAACUGAGAUGGGCCCGUGGAAAAGAGGAAAUGGCUGCAGAAAGGCUUCUCUCACCUUAAAGACUUUGCGCAGGUGUUUCCCCCAAAGAGUGUUUCUGUAUUUUCUUGUUGAACCUUAUUUAACUCUUUAUUUAACUUGUGAAAUUUUGCAUUGCAUGUUUAUUAUUUAACUAUUUGAGAUGAAGUGUUAAUACUAAACCCCACUUUAUUUGCUAUAAGUAUGAGAAUAGCAUUUUUGCUUACAUUUUCUGCUGCGCAUGUUUUUGACAAAGUAUUAACAAUGUGUAAAACUGUUUAAAAUAUAUAAAUGGAUGCUUUUCAAGAAACGAUGGGAUUAGUCUGCCACUACAAUGGAGUCAUAAAAAAAAAGUGAAGUGAUCAAAAUGAUGUUUUUCAUCAGCAUUGUGAUUUAACAUGUCUAACUAAACAUGUUAAUUUCUUCUUCUCUCAUAAAAGAUGGUUUGACUCAA